GGUGCAUCUACACGUACCAGGGUUUGUGUCUGAACUAAGCUAGCUACAUGUAGGUGCUGUGUUGAUACCCAUUAGGCAACAGAAAGAAGGGGAUCAUUCAGGGGGAAGUCUACAGGACUUGGCUAUACGAGUUAUUUCGCAUCACAAUCUAGUUUUUGACAGCUUUUCCCCUGCCAGAAAUAGAAGUGCAAACCAUGACGGGUCCUAUCACCGAAUCACCGCCAAAGCAGCAAGGCAACCACGAUGUUCCGAAAGCCAAAGAUCUGAUGACUGCAUGCUCUUCCUCCUCCAUUCCUUCACACCAAGCUCCCACUUCGAGAGCCCAGCCCAGCAUGCCAUCCAAUCCAAGACGUAUCAACCGAAGGAAGCAUCUCCGCAAGGGCGGACGCAACAAGAGCAGUCGGAGCUUUCGAUCCAAGAAUAGCUACUCUGGAGGAAGUACACUCUUUCACGUAGAUGAAGACGGAAGCUACGCAGAUGAUCAAUCCAAGUUUGCAUACUCGGAAGUAGGCGCAGACGAGCCACCAAAGCGCCGACCUUCUUUUGGUACGUCGUCCUUGGGAGAUGCGAGCAUCUACACAAGCUUGACCAACGAUGAUGAGAACAAUGAUCAGGAUGAUGUCAAUAAUAACAAUGAGGAGAACGCAGUCAAUGCGGUGCCGCCAGAACAGGAGCACGAUGUCUGUUGCACGGAUGCCAAUGGCAACCCAAUCUUUUUUGACCAUCAUGAGGAUGAUGAUGACACCGAAGCGGAUUAUGAUGAAGUCAUGUCCUUUGUGUCGGCAUUGACCAUGGACAGUAGCUUUCCUCGCUUUCACGCUCUUCCAACCACGAUUGAUUUUUCUUGGCCGGUGCCAUCGGAUUCCCAGCAGGUGGCGAUUAGUAGCACCGGAAAGGAACAGCAGGAGAAUCUCGGUACUUCGGAGAAGUCUUUGGUUUCUGGGGCAAACAACAAGGCAAGGGAUUCCAUCGAUACUACGGAUCAUCGCGGCAACGGACGCCCAAAGCCAAAGCUUCUACAACUCGAAACGGAUGCCAGCAGCAUCCGUUCGAGGGAGUCUCGCAGCAUUCGGCGGGGCCGCUACGGCAGCAAACGUCACGGCGGCUUCAGCAGCGGAAGAUCGAUCGGAUCGCUCAAGAUGGAUGCUUCGGUUCAUUCAUAUGUGUCUUCGAUUAUGCUAGACAAGAAUUCGAUUCGCAAGCAAAAACUGGCAGAAAUGGAUGUCAUCACUAGCAGUUCAAGGACGACUACAUCCAAAACAGAUGAUGAUACUUCGACCCGAUCCUUUGCCGUGGAUGGUACCGAUGAAGCUGUGAUCAACGUUGAUACUACCACCACGCAAAUCGUCGAGACAGGAAGUAGCAAGCGGUCCUUCCAGGUGGAUCCAUUUGUCGAGGAAGAAAAUCGAGGUGGUCACUUAGAUCGAUGGUUACGUCUGCUGGUUGGGUGUCUCGGAUCGGAAAAGCUUGAGGCUGCACUCCAGGCUGUACAAGAGGAAAAGCAACGAGAGAUGCGGGCCGUACAGGAGGGAAAACUACAAGAGAUGCGGGCUCUACAGGAGGAUAAAGAACGAGAGAUGCGGGCAAAGAAAGAUAUCGCACCAAGCGCUGAUGAUCCCAAUGCUUCUCCUGCACAAACCACGAUGGAGACAAGGAAGGAGCAAACCAAGACGACAAGGGAUGACAUGUCGGUUUACAGUAUGAAGUCGGCUUACAGUAUGACUGUGUCGGUUUGAAAAGGUGCAUUCCAAAGGCAGGUCGUGUACAGUGUAUGUUUAUGUAGGUAUUAGUAAACAAAACUACAUAGUUUUAUGCAUACUCAUGGACUGCCUAGAAGUCGUUGUGCUUCCUUGAGAGA